AAAAAAGCCUCGGGAUUACUUCGCGUAAAGCCUUCCAAAAAGACGGCAAAUGAUUUUCAAGUUGUGGAAAGUUCACUGGGCACUGUGCUACCCACCAUCAUUUUACAAAGUAUGCUACAGUUCAAAAUCUCAUUCCCUUGCAUUCACAUCCAAGAAGAGCAAACUCGAGGUAUGGGAGGGAAUAACUGUCAAGGAAUUGUCGUCAGCUGCUAAAAUAUCUCCUCACAUAAUUCUUAGAACCUUAAACUCAGCCCUUGUUACAAAAUACAAAGCAAACACCAAUUCAAGUAUGAUUUCCUUCUCACAGUUAGUUAAACUUUAGAGUUGGAAGAUAAAGCGAUCAUCGAAACUCUAGUGAAAUUAAUGGGGUUCACACCAGUGUUCAGACACCAGAUUACUCAUGAAACAGUUGACCUUGAUGCUUAUCCAAGGUAAUUUAAUCUCCACAAUUGUAAAAUAAAUUUUAAUGAGGAUAAGGUUAAUAAAACACUACACUUUCUGAGCCACUGGAAAGGGUAAGAAAUUUCGAAAUUGGUUUUCCUAUUAUGUUUGCUCACGUGCGUAGUUGCACUAGCCUUCACACAUAAAGUGUUGCCCAAAGCUAGACCACCUUGUCCUCGGGAGAAAUGUGAACCACGCCCCCCUAUUGUCGCUGUCCUGGGUCAUGUGGAUCACGGAAAAACAACUCUGUUAGAUGCUUUACGCUCCAGUAGAGUUGUUGACGAAGAAUUUGGAGGUAUAACUCAACAUCUUGGUGCAUUUACAGUGUCUUUGUCAUCUGUUGAACGCAAUGCUGGAUUUACAGAUCCCAAUCCCGUGUCAUUUUCUAGAAGCAUCACUUUCCUAGAUACACCAGGCCAUGCAGCAUUUUCUGGCAUUCGUUUUCGAAGUGCUAAAGCAACUGAUAUUAUGCUUCUGGUAGUCGCUGCUGAUGAUGGGGUUAAACCUCAAACCGUUGAAGCAAUUCGUUACGCAAAAGAAACAAACACUCCUAUGGUUGUCGCAAUCAAUAAAAUUGAUAAACACGAUAUCAAUAUGGAUAAAGUAGUCCAAGGUCUAGCUACUUAUGAAGUUUUAACUGAGCAAUUAGGCGGAGAUAUACAAGCAGUUCCAAUAUCAGCAUUAAAACGAAUAAAUCUUUCUGAAUUAUUAGAUGCUAUUAUUCUGCAAGCUGAAAUAAUGCAAUUGAAAGCAGAUCAUACCGGAUUGGCUGAAGGUAUUGUUUUAGAAUCGGAAAUACUUCAUGGGAUUGGAAAAACGGCUACCUGUCUUAUAACUCGAGGUGUUUUGCGUAAAUCACCCAAUAGUGGUCCACUUAUAGCUGGUGAAGCAAUCUGUACCCCACGAAUCUUGCUAACCGAUGCAGGAAAACUUGUGGAUUCAGUUAACCCCGGAUUUGUAGCGCGAGUAGCGGGUUGGAAGGAUCUCCCCUCUGCAGGAGAUCUUAUCCUAGAGGUAGAAUCUACGAAGCGAGCCAAUGAGGUUCAACGAUAUCGGCGGUGUAUAAAAGUACAGGACAAAGUUAAAGAAGACCGUGAUGCAUAUGAUCUUCGAGCGUCUCAUCAUCGAGACCAUCGCGAGAAAUACGCAGAAAAACGCUCGAGCCUUCAUUUUCGUCAUUGGCGAAAACUUAAAGUAGAACGUGAUUCAGCUGAAUCUAGUUUAUGGAAGGAAAAUUCUAAUAGAAUUUCCUUACCACUUGUAAUCAAAUGUGAUGUACAGGGUAGUUUAGAGGCCAUAAAAACACUCCUUUCUACCUAUUCAUCAGAUCAAUGUAAAAUAGAAUACUGCAUUACCGGUGUUGGUCCGUUGACUGAAUCUGAAGUAGACGCUGCCGCUGCAGUUAAAGCAAAUGUACUACUAUUCAACAUUCAUGCUCUUCCAGAAGCAACAAUUACAGCUGAACAGAAUUGUGUUAAAAUUAAAGAAUUCAAUAUUAUUUAUCGAUUGGCUGAAGAAGUUAGGGAACUAGUGAAUGAAAAGCUCCCACCACUAUUAGUCGAGAAGAUAAUUGGUGAAGCAGAAAUUCUCCAGCUGUUUACGAUUAAAACAUCUAAAAGCAUCGUAAAGACUGGACUUUUACCAGUUGCUGGAUGUAGAUGCAUUAAAGGAAAUAUUAUCGCUAAUAUUACUAAAAUAGGCUCUAUUCUAACAGAUCUAGGUGUUGAUGGUGAACCAACUGAAUUGUGCUACCGCAUUGUCCGUCCAACUCACCAUUCAACAUCAACAAACAAUAAACAUGGAGAAAAUCCCACCACCGCUCAAAAAGACUUUUCUAAUUCUAAAAAUACCAUAGUGGAUCGAGCUACCUGUUACUCACUGCGUCAUGAAAAAUCUAUUGUUGAAAGUAUUCGAAAAGGAGUAGAUUGUGGUAUUGUAUUAGUUUCUCCUGAAGUUCAGGAUGUUCACAUCGAGAAUCAAAAUUUAUCCGCAAAGAAUUUCAUUUCACAAUGGAAAGUAGGAGACAUAAUUCAGUGUUAUGUAACAAUAAAUGAAAAAAUUUCAGUUGAUUGGGAUUUCGAGACCUAUAAUUCAUAAACACCAAAAAGUCGAAAACCCAUAACUUGAUCAUUUUUAUUUUCAAAACAAAAGAGAAACAAUUUGUAUGGUAGAAUAAACUUACUAGUAUAUAUUUGUUUACAACUGCA